AUGGCACACCAGGCCAUGUAUAGGUAUAUUUCUGUCUUAUCGGCUUUGAUAUUGAUUAGAUUUACACAAGUCUCUGUCUCGAUAUCCGUUGCGCCAGCCUACGUCAAGAAACACGCUCCCAUUAUAUGGCUUCAUUCGGAAGAUACUUUUAUGCCCAGCGAUAUAAGAAACCAUGUUUUACAUACUACACCAUACAUCAGCUUCAAGCCUGUACCAGACUCACCGGCACUGGAUCUCAACAAUCUAUCGUCUUUGAACCAGUUGAGCAAGGACAUGUUCCUGACAGCCGUUGAGAAUGUCACUUCAAUGCCGGACUGGCUGCUGGGCGAAACGCCCGACACCAAAGGUGCAUUACACAACUCCACUGCAUGUGCUGUCGUCGUCGUGGAGAAGUCAGACUCUGUCACAGAUGCGUUCUACUUCUACUUCUAUUCGUUUGACGAGGGUGCCGACAUCACGCAAGUUGUGCCGCCUCUGAACAAGAUUCUACCGGACGCCAAACCCGGCGAUCAUUUCGGGAACCAUGUUGGAGACUGGGAACAUAACAUGAUCCGGUUUAAGGAUGGAGAGCCUUAUGGUAUCUGGUUCAGUCAACAUGGCAGUGGCGAGGUUUGUCUCUGGGAAGACAAGGCUUGUCUUUCAAAGGAGGGUGAUAGGCCAAUUGUCUACAGCGCUCGAGGAUCCCACGCCAACUAUCCCACGGCAGGGAGCCAUGUACACGACUCCGCCUUGAUCGACGUCGCUGACAAAGGCCGCAUUUGGGACCCAGUGUCCCCAGGUUGGUUCUAUUCAUACGAUCCUGCCAGCCACCUCUUUGUGGCCCUUGAACCAGAAUCUGCUCCGACAGAUUGGUUGUAUUUCGAUGGUGGCUGGGGAGACAAGCAGUAUCCUGACGACGAUCCACGACAAAGUACGGUUCCGUACUUUGGACUGAAGAAGUACAAUAGUGGUCCCACUGGUCCCAAAUUCAAACACCUUGUUCGCAAGGGUGUUGAACCAGACGAGAAACCAAAGAGCAGUCUUCUGAAGAGCGCAGUCGAGUUCUACAUGUCAAUGUACGGGUGUUGUCUUCAAGGGAUAAAUCCAUGGGUUGUUGUGAUCAGCCUGCUCAUCGUACUUGCUGUCAUUAUCGGCUUGUUGGUCUUCACUGUGAAGCGCUUGAUGCCUGUGGUACAGAGACAUCUUUUCACGCGAGAAGCGGAGAAAGAUAGCGACGGACUUCUUUCGCGGAUGAGGGACUGGAUAUCAAGAAAGAAGCGACGGCCUCGUGAUCAGUCCGAGUUCUCUUUACGAUUAUUAGGACCCGAACGACCCGAAGAUGAAGUAUGA